UUUUUUUUUUUUUCCUUUUCCUUCUUAUUCUUCCAUUCUUCCUUCAGGAUGCAGGUCUCAGAAGGAAACCCGUCAGCACCGGCGGACUCCCCGUCAGUCGACGCCCAUAUCCCAACUAGGUCUAGUCUUGGGCCCGAUCCUGGCCCUGACAGUCAGCCGUCGGGUUCUAUCAAUAAUUCCAAUAAUGGAUACAAGUGUAAGUCAAUUUGACUUUUCUAUUUUCCAUUCUAUACUUUUACUCUCUCAUAACCCUAUUUAUCAUGAUAUUACGGGAGAUUUGCCUCCCUUCAGACAACCGUCGGUAAUUCUCGGGAUGGCAAUGAUCGGACGUACCCUUCUAUUCACUUUCCUAGUCCUACCCUCGUGUCAAGUAACUUAAGAAAGUACCAUAAGACAUAUUAAUCACCCUCUAUUUAUCAAUUUGCCAUCGCACAAUCCCUAGUUCACAUGUAUUUUCGGCCAAGCUCUUAGGGAGCCAGUGCACACGGCGCCACGCGGUCUAAGGGGUUACUUAAUGGGCACCUAUGGUUGACUGAUGCGGUUCUUAGCGAAUGUGCCAAUCUUUCAUGGCACCACCAGUCACCCUGACUCCCACCCUGACUCCCACCCUGAUUCCCCGCACCCCACACAAGCGGAAACUCAGAUUGACCAGGCUAUAUCAUCAACCGGGGCUGGCCCAGUUAGAAGACUCUCUGCCUCCUCAUCCAAGAUGUUGUUCUCAGAUUUGUAUAAGUCGACUAAAUCUCCACUCUCGAGGUUACGGCAUCACUCACAUCCGGCCCCUGCGGCUCUGGAUUAUGAUCCUGACCUCGUGAGUCGAGAUAAAGCCAAGCAAAAAGAAGCUAUUAAGCGCGUCCUCGCGGCUAAGAUACGAAAUGAUUGGCACUUCGAAUGGCCGCCUGCAGCUAUCAAUCCAGACCCGGGACAUGCUGAAACAGAAACGGCACCUGGGGGGUAUGAUGACCAUAUUGCCGUAGAAGAUAUCGAUUCAGGAGACGACACUGCUUCAGUGUAUAGCACCGUUUCAGAGGACCUUACUCAUUUUCGCCCUAGGUCUGAGUGGCUAUCGGAUAUGCCCGAUGACGACGACGACGACGAUAUUCCUGUAUCACCAUCGGCAUAUCGUUUUGAUACUCCAGAUGCGGUUGGCACUUCGGUCAAGGUAGCAGCCCUCGCUAAGAGCGCUAAGCGGAGGAGGGCGGUGCGUUCUGAAAUGGAAUGGAAUGAUGGGCUUGCUUGCUUCAAUGCUCGACGAGACGCUUGGACGGGUGCAAAGGCAGCUCGAAUCCGUCCAAAGGUAAAUUCCCCAGUGGUUACCUCUCCUGCCGCAAAGCGUCUUUCUUGGUGGCAUAUCUCGACUUCACCGUCGCCCUCGUCGCCUACGGAAUCGAUUGGUGCCGGUACAACGCUUAGCCCUAGUGCGACGCGUACAUCUGGCGAUACUACUGCGGUGUCCUCAACGGAUGCGGAAUUUAGAGAGACGAGGACCAGAGAUGACUCGUCUACUUAUCCAGUAGAGACUCUGGUUCCCAUACCCCAACCUCUUUUGCCUCCUGCCACUCCUAUGCGUGCCUCCAUCACCGUGGCCGCGUAUCCUACUAUUUACGAUAAGAUCGUAGUUCAAUCUGCAACACCCUCGUGUCCUGUUAACCUCGGAGACGUGGUACGUUCCUGCGUGGCCGGUUGGAAACGAGACGGCGAGUGGCCCCCUCGGGGUACCGAUCCUCCACCCGUCAUAGCAGUUCGUAGGAGGAAGGACGGCGGUGCGGGAGGCAGAAAUAACGCACCGAAAAGCAACGCGUCUAAGAGGAUGAGCUUUAGUUUUCUAGGGCGAAGACAGAGCGUAGGUGGGGACCAAAACAAACUAGCAGAAAGUACAUCGCAUCCGGAGAAAGAAGAUGCUAGCCAUACAACUGGCAAGGUUUUUAGGAAAGGUUUACAGCGCGUGUUAGGCCUUGGACACGAGAGAACGUCGAGCAACACUAGCAAUCAAGCGACUAUUGCUAUGUGAUGGACGUGGAUUAAUGGGAACGAAUGAAUACUCAAGGAGUCAGUGUUGCAGGAGUCAGUGUUGCAGAAGGUUAAGGGAGGAACAAAGGAGUCUUGGACAAUCGCGACAUAUCCUCUGGGAUUGUUAGGGAGAAGCGCGUUCUCGGCAUCAUGGCAAUAUACCCAGCAUCGCUUUCGGCGUUUACUUAUUUUAUUUCAACACUUCGCCCUUUUGGCGUACAGAUAGCACUGUUGAGAUAUGUUGAUAUGUUCUAGAAUGAAAGUAGCAGGCAUUCGCCGCGGUUUUUUCUUACCACUACAUACGUCGAUCACGAAUCUCUUGUAUAUUGCUCUAUGGAAAUUGGCACUGUGGCUUGGAUCGCGGCUAUGAUAAGGUUACUAUCUUGUCUUUGAACCGGAGAACGAAACGCCAUGCAAUUAAUGAGUGAUAAUGAACAUAGGUAAGUAAUAGAGAAUUAUAAUUGUAGGUUAGGUAAAUUACGAAUUAACCUAAACUUGAAAGUAAAUAUCAAAGACGGUCUAUUUAGCUUCGUACACGGAUGCAUAGGAUAGGUGUAUUAGUUCGAAGGAUAAAUAAACUGUAAUGAUCCUCUUGCUGGUUUGCUGGGCUAUAUAGGUCGGAAUACGCUUUCUUACAGCGAUAUUCAACUUACAAGACGCUGAUGUUCGGUAAGCAUAAGUCAACCUUCGUUACCAAGACUCGAGCCUAAUACAGGUUAGGUAAUCUUAAGCACACAACACAUCAAAC